AAAUUCUGAAGAAAUCCCGAAACUUUACAAACCGGGAAUGUGCCCUAAAGCGGGCGAAAACGAUCAAUUCACUUGUGAAAAGUGUAGCGAAGUGUUCUCUUCGCACAUGACCCUCCGGAUGCACUCCGGCCGCGUCCACGGGCGCCGCGGGCCGCAGCAGCGCUACAUCUGCGAGAUAUGCGGCGCCGCGCUCGCUCCCAAAAGCAUAACCCUCCACAUGAGGAACCACCUCAGCGAGAAGCAGCGCGCCUUCCCGUGCGGCUCCUGCGAGAAGGUGUUCAAGAGCGCGCAGAACAGGGCCAUACACGUCCGGAGACACACGGGCCAGCCGAAGCCCUACGUCUGCAAGUUAUGCGACAAGCGGUUCACGCAGCGACACAACAUGCAAGUGCACCAAAAGUCGUGCCUCAAGCGAAGCAAGAAGACAGAAGACAAGAAUACUGACGUUGGCAGCUGAAUACGGUUACGUAGGGAACUAAAUGCGCAAGAUUUUGUUUAAUCGACCGGGUUUUACGCGAACUUUGCAGCUCCGAUAAAAGGUGUGCCCGUGCGAGUAUCGGGACAAAAAGUUGCCCUUGUAAUAUUCUGAUUAAUAAGCAAUUUUACUGUCAAAUUUCAUCUAAAUCCGUUCAGUCGCAUGUUAUGCGACAAGCGGUUCACGCAGCGACACAACAUGCAAGUGCACCAAAAGUCGUGCCUCAAGCGAAGCAAGAAGACACAAGACAAGAACACUGACGCUAUUAGCUGAAUACAGUUACUUACGGUACUAAAUGCGCAACAGAUUUUCUUUAAUCGACUUGAUUCCCCUUGCGAAUUUUGGGAGAGUUGUUUUGUUAUUCUUCUUCAUAAUCAAUGUUACUGUUAAUUUUAAAUAAAAAUCGUUCAGUCGAAACAAGGCCCAGGUGCACCUCAAAUCGUGCCUCAAGCGGAGCAAGAAGACUAGCGACAAGAAGUCUCGCGAUAAAAAGUAGCCUAUAGAACUCAAUGAUAGUAUUAUAGAUUGGUGAAAUAAUUGUAGGAAUCAGUACAAUACUUUAGUUUUCGGAGCGUAUCCGAUACAAAACAUCAAUUAUUAACUGUUUUAUAAUCAUUUUAUUUACUUAUAUUAAGUAAGUAGAGUGGUCGGAAUCUUAUGAAUACCGUUUAAAUAUACUUAAUACAAACAAAUUCAAACAUUUAACACUUAUAAUUUAUUAUUACAAUACCUGUAUUCAUUACAUUUUUAUUUUAAAAGUAUAUUAAAAAUAUUUAACACUUACAUUAUUUUGUACUAAUGGCUCCUAAACUUAGAACGAACACAACUUAACAACAAAACCAACAAUUUCACCCGAAAAGGCCACGUAAAACUGACUCAUGACUAUUUUCAUCAUCAGUUUCCACAACACCUUUACACCCUUCAGCUUUUACACAAACGAAUUCAUCAACAGGCUUCCCGUAGUCUUGUUUGAUCAUGUCGGCGGCUUUCUCUGCGAUCAUGACAGUUGGGGCGAACAUCUUGGCACACGGCUGCACGGGAAUGAUGCUGGCGUCUACCACUCGCAGUCUACUGAUGCCAUAGACUCGGAGUCUACUGUCUACUACUCCACCUGAAAGAUAAAUCGCUG